AUGGGCUUCGACUUUUUUAAUCGCCGCUCUGUUGCUAUAGAUUCUUCGGGUUCGCCUUCUAGUUUGACAGCAAAGUCGGGUGGGAAAGGCUCGACCUUGGAGAGGAAGACGUCGGCGAGGAUCGAUAUACCAAUGGGGGAUAUGCUGUGCUUUGGAGAACCGAAGAAAUCUGAUGGGCGGAAGGAGGAUGAGGAGGGAGGGACCACUAAUUAUUUCUUGAACAUGUUCUUUAAGAAAAGCUACAAGCCAAUCCCAGUUGUUUAUAACUUGGUCCUGGCCAUGCUAUGGUGUCAUCCUGAAAACGUUGAGCUUGAAAAGGUCAAGGUUGUCCAUUAUCGUGCUGCUGAAUCAAAGCCAUGGAGGUACACUAGACAAGAAACUAACAUGGAUAGGGAGGAUAUCAAGAAACUAGUGGCAAAAUGGUGGGAAAUUUACAAUGAUGAGUCCUUGGACUUCAUUAAGGCAGAAGACAAGGUUGAGAUUGAGGUUGAGGAGGAGGGGUUCUCAAAGCCUUUAAUCAUGGCAGCCAUGCAAGAACCAACCAUAGCUUACAUCCCUACACCUUCUGCAACUUAAUUAGCUAGUGCUUGUAUACAUAAAUUACAAAUAGCAAGAGACCAGAAUAUUAUCAAACAUUUGAGACAAGGGUAUACAUUAAUCAAGCAGAUA